AAGAGCUUGUCCGUAAAGUAGAAACCAAUGAUUCCUAUAUGUCCUGUGGUCUCCUUCACCUACGUGCCCAGCCGGUUAGGUGAAGAUGCCAAAAUGGCUACCGGCGGCAAUUACUUUGGAUUUACCCACGGUGCGGCUGCGCAGUACAGCCAGCAGCCGACGGCCGGGGUAGCCUACACUCACCCCACCACCGUGGCCAGCUACACCGUGCACCAAGCUCCCGUGGCUGCUCACACUGUGGCCGCAGCCUACGCCCCGACAGCCGCCACCGUCGCAGUAGCCAGGCCCGCAGCCGUUGCGGCCGCCGCCACUGCAGCCGCCUACGGAGGGUACCAACCCGCCCACGCCACUACCGACUACGGAUAUGCCCAGCGCCAGCCAGAAGUGCCCCCGCCACCUCCCCCUGUCACCUCCCAGAACUAUCAGGAUUCCUAUUCAUACGUGCGUUCCUCGGCCCCGGCUGUAGCUUACGACAGUAAACAAUACUACCAGCAACCCACCGCGACAGCAGCUGUUGCUGCAGCAGCUGUACAACCACAACCUACAGUGGCUGAGAGCUACUACCAAACAGCCGCCAAAACGGGAUACAGCCAGGGCGCGACUGCGUACACACAGACUCAGCAGACUCGUCAGGUUACAGCAAUAAAGCCAGCCACACCGAGCCCAGCCACCUCCACCUUUUCAAUCUACCCAGUGUCCUCCGCCGUGCAGCCUGUGGCGGCCUCCGUGGUUCCAACCUACUCCCAAAGUCCGACCUACAGCACCAACGCUGUUACAUAUUCCGGUACGUCAUAUUCGGGCUACGAGGCAGCAGUAUACUCGGCUGCUUCCUCGUACUACCAGCAACAGCAGCAGCAGCAGCAGCAACAGAAGCAGGCAGUCGCCGCAGCAGCCGCCACCGCUGCCUGGACAGGCAGCACGUUCACCAAGAAAACACCCUUCCAGAACAAAACGCUUAAACCCAAACAGCCUCCGAAACCACCUCAAAUACAUUACUGCGACGUCUGUAAGAUCAGCUGUGCCGGCCCACAGACUUACAAAGAGCAUCUAGAGGGUCAGAAGCAUAAGAAGAAGGAAGCAGCCCUGAAAGUCUCCCAGAGCUCCAGUAGCAGCAGCAGCGGGAGCAGCAGCUCAGCCCGGAGCACACAGAAUCAGCUUCGAUGUGAGCUCUGCGACGUCGCCUGCACCGGAGCGGAUGCCUAUGCCGCUCACAUCCGUGGCGCCAAACACCAGAAGGUUGUCAAACUGCACACCAAACUGGGGAAGCCCAUUCCCUCUACUGAGCCCAGCGUGGUGACCCAGGCGACCACGUCCACAGCGUCGGCCCUCGGUAAAACAGCCAGCGCGGUUAUCGGCAGCUCCACCGGCAACACCGCGUCCGGCAUGUCCGUCUCCUCCUCCACCGGCUCUUCUUAUCUGAAACCGAUUGGCGUGCUCAACAGCGCGGCAGGCUCGACCAUGCAGGGCAAGAGCGCGGUCCCCGGUAGCAUUUCAUCCACCACAGCUGCCAUCAAGAAGGUCAACACACCCAAGAUCAACUUUGUUGGUGGAAACAAAUUGCAGACGACCGGCAUUAAGCUAGACGAGGCGAAAGCCGAGCUGGCUAAACCAACCCAGUCAUCAUUGGUAACGGCUACGCAGGAGGUUAAAAACGACAUACCUGAUCCGAUGUCCCCUCUUGCAGCUUUGCAGAGCGACGUCCAGCCAGUCGGGCAUGAUUACGUUGAAGAGGUGCGAAACGAUGAAGGCAAAGUCAUCCGGUUCCACUGCAAACUGUGCGAAUGCAGUUUUAACGACCCGAAUGCAAAGGAAAUGCAUCUUAAGGGGAGGAGACAUCGUCUGCAGUACAAGAAAAAGGUGAACCCAGACCUCCAGGUGGAAGUGAAGCCUAGCAUCAGGGCUCGAAAGAUCCAAGAGGAGAAGAUGAGAAAACAGAUGCAGAAGGAGGAGUACUGGAGACGGCGGGAAGAAGAAGAGCGCUGGAGAAUGGAGAUUAGGCGCUAUGAGGAAGACAUGUACUGGCGACGGAUGGAGGAAGAGCACCACCACUGGGACGAAAGGCGCAGGAUGCCCGACGGUGGCUUCCCACAAGGUCCGCCUGGACCUCCCGGUCUGCUUGGAGUGAGGCCUGGAAUGCCCAUUCCACAGCCACAAGGACCAGUGCCCCCACGCCGGCCCGAUUCCUCAGACGACCGUUACGUGAUGACAAAACACGUGGCCAUCUACCCCUCUGAAGAUGAACUCCAGUCCAUUCAGAAGAUCGUGUCCAUCACCGAGCGCGCCCUCAAGCUCGUGUCCGACAUAAUUACUGACCAAGACAAGGACAAAGAAGAGGAUAAAGAGAAGAAGGAGCCACCCAAAGACAGAGCGCUGAAGGGGGUUAUGAGGGUUGGCGUCCUGGCCAAAGGACUCCUGUUGAGGGGAGACAAGAACGUCAAUCUUGUUCUCCUUUGUUCAGAGAAGCCUACCAAGAGUCUGCUGUCACGCAUCGUGGAGCACCUGCCCAAACAGCUCACGCUGGUUGCUCCUGAGAAGUACGAGAUCAAAGGCUCCGUACAAGAAGCCGCCAUCAUCCUGACUUCCUCUACCGACCCCAAGAUGCAGGUGACCAUAACGCUGACCUCGCCCAUCAUCCGUGAGGAGCACCCCCGCGACGGAGAUGUAACCUCGGGUAUGGUGAAAGACCCAGCGGACGUCUUGGACAGGCAAAAAUGCCUUGACGCUCUGGCUGCACUACGCCACGCUAAGUGGUUCCAGGCUAGAGCCAACGGACUCCAGUCCUGCGUUAUUGUUAUUCGUAUCCUGCGUGACCUUUGUCAGCGAGUUCCCACUUGGUCUGCUUUUCCAAGCUGGGCCUUGGAGCUGCUUGUGGAGAAGGCAAUCAGCAGUGCCUCUGGACCAAUGAGCCCCGGUGACGCUCUGCGACGAGUCUUUGAAUGUAUUGCCUCCGGAAUUCUGCUACAUGGUGGUCCAGGGCUGAUGGACCCAUGUGAGAAGGCUCAAGUAGACACACUGGCUAGCAUGGAAGAACAGCAGAAAGAAGACAUAACAUCCAGUGCUCAGUUUGCCCUGCGACUCUUGGCGUUCCGUCAGAUCCACAAGGUUCUAGGAAUGGACCCGCUGCCUCAGAUGAACCCACGCUUCAACGUGAAGAACACCCGCAAGCGAAGGCGGGACAACAGCGACGGCACAGACGGCUUUGAGGGCGAGGGCAAAAAGGACAAGAAGGAUUUCGAUGCCGUCUAGACCUCCGCCUCAGAUCUCGGACUCGUGCUUGUGUUUGAAAUCUGUACGUCGGGGGUGUGAAAGCGGUCCUGUAGAUCUGUGUGCAUGCUGAUUAAUGCUUUUCCAAAAAUCUCCCCAUGUCCUUUUACUAAACAUCUAAUUUGAUUGGUCUUCGUUUGGCUACUAG